GAUGGGAUACAAGGAUAGGAUAAUGAAAAGUGUGAAGGCAAGAUUUACUUCACUUGGACUUUUCUUUAUUUUUUUAUACGUGUUUAAGAAAUUCAAUAACAACAGAUGAAGAAUAAGACUGAAAAAUGCUGCUACUCCAUCCACUUCCUUAAGACAACGUUCGUGUUAUUUCCACUCGGUAUGGUAUUUUUAGCUCGUCUUUCCUCAUUCGUCUGCAGUACAGCCAGCGAGCCAGCAAGUCUUUCAGUGAUUAGGAACGUUACAGAGUUAGAGAGACAAACGUUUCUGUUCCCUCAUUAUAUAUACAUAUAUAGCGGCGCCUUAAAUCAGUGCACAUGUUUGUCAUGAAGCCACAUUCCGCGGGGUUAGGGAAGGGGAGUAUAGGAGUGGCAGUAGUGAUGGUGGUGGGAGUGUUUCUUGUGAUGAGGUCCCCGCACGCCGUCCUGCCUCACCCCAUCCAAUCUUUCACCCAGCCCCGCGCGCCGCCCCGCCACGAUGAGUCCUCUCACUGCCGCGCUCUUUUCACCGUGCCCAAGGAAGGGAGCUCCAAUCAACUGUUGGGGUCAGAGGAGUCGUACGCACACCUGAGUCAUCAAUUGCCGACACUCCUGCGGGAAGAAAAAGAUGAGUCUGCCUCUUCCUUCUCCUCUCCCUCGUCCUCCUUCGUCGCCUACCCUGGGACGCGCCUCCAUCUCAUGCGUGGCUCCGUGCCCUAUAUUCCAUGUCAGGUGCAGGAGUACGGGGUGGAGGAGGUGGGUCGUUGCGUGGCGGUGCGGGCGGCUAAGGGCGCCUCCACAUGGAUCACCUUCGUCGGGGAUUCGAAUGGACGGCAGAAAGUUCACUCCUUUCUUGGCUUCCUUCCGGCGGACCUCACCUAUUCCUACUACCUAGAGAAUGAGCAGGUGAAUCUGUACGAGUUCAUCCAGGCCGUGACGUACCACAAGAAAAGACCACAGACUUUCGACAUUAUCGGCCGCCGCCACGACCUCCACCGCAACCACCAUCAGUCCCCUGCCACAUUUACCACCGCCACCACCACUACCACCAUCACGCACGACGACUUGUUUUCCGUCAUGAUCAAUAGUAACACGAACAGCAAUACGAGUCACAUCCUCAGCAGCGUCUUCUUCAGCAACACCUUCCAUCAGCAUCCUAAGAAGAACUCAGCAGAUGAAAACUUUAACAAGGCCUCUAAACCUUUGCUGGAGAGUGAUCUUGCUGGCGUGACCUAUGACCUCCGGGUGACCUUGGUAUGGGCGCCGUGUGGGACCACCAUGGGUCACCCCACCGUCAGGGCUGGGAGGAAGGUCACUAAAUUGCACGACCUGGUGCUAGCAAAGGUUGUACCGGACGUAGUGAUUAUGGGGUUCGGAACGUGGCCGCUGCUGAUGCGGGAAUACGAUGACGAGAUUGUACCUUUCUCCGAAAUGGACGUGCUGUUUCGACCCUUGAUUCAGACUGUCACGGCCCUCGCCGCACGCACCCGCGUCAUAUUCUGGAGGCAGAGCAGGUAUCGCGGGUUUAACUACGACAGGGACGCUCAACCCUCCGCCCUGCCGUGGGAUGAAGACCCUCAGGGGUGCUGGGCAAAUUUCCUUUACUACAAUCAGUUUGAGGACGCGAUUCCCCUCGUGGAUGGGUGGCUCUGGGAGAUAUUACGGAGGACGGGUGCGUGGCUCUGGGACUCUGCCGUGCCCUUCAACCUGGCAAACUUGAGGGAGUGUCAGACGCUAAGGGGGGCCGGCUAUUUUAAUCACACAGUCUACCAAAGUCGGUGGUGGAACUGUUUCGACGUGCAUCACGCUGCCUACGAGACCAACAGCAUAGAGAUGCAGAUGCUGCUGAACCUGCUGUGUAACACCCACCUCGACACCCCUGCCCACUACUGCUGCUCCACAUGACGCCCUCCCAUCUUCCUUUACUUAACCUUCCAUUUCCUUUCGCGGUAGUUUGGAGUUUUAGGCUCGGAAUGAUAGCAGGAAGUAAAUCUUCUUGAUGGUAAAAAAAAAAAAAAAAAAAAAAAGAGAAAAAAAAAUUUUGCGAUUUAUUUACUUGAUCAUUUAUAUACUUUUACUGGUUACGCCAUGAAAAAUUCGCAUUUAAAGGUAGUUUUAGUAUGAAGCUCAUCGUCGCAAUGAGCGAAAUGGUUCAUUGUUUUCUGCAAAACUUGUGCGUAUUUGGUGCUAGUGCAUUUUGAACCACUUGAAUUGAUUUAUCUACUUUUUUUGAGUGCUCUGAGUUGUGUUGCGUGAUCUUGUUUGCGAUAGUCUCUUAGUAAAACUUUUCUUCUACUGAACAUUUAGUGAGACAUUAUCAUGACCGUACCGAACGUUGUGAGCUUACUUUUGAUAAGCUCUUUGGACCAAAGUGGCACUUUUCCCUCUCAAUAAUAACUUUAAUGAGGGGUUAUUAUGAAUACUUCGAACUUGCCAUGUGAUCUUGCAUGCGACAACCUUUUUUUCUCAUUACAAAAUACGCAGCAAUCAUCCCUAUGAGUUUCUUCAAUGUUUGGGCACCUUUUCUCGACAUUUAACAGGCGUGAAUGGAAGUUUCCAAGAUUUUCAUAGAUGCUUUCGUGAUUUUAGAGAUGGUUUAGUAGGAAGAUUUCUGCACCAUUGAGAAGAGCACUUAUGAAAAUCGAGUAAUCAUAUACAGUCAUUGAAAAUAGUCAUAGUGAGGAAAAAAAGUUUUCAGAUUACAGGCGCAGAUUAUCAAGUAAAUCUUUUCACUUUCCACUCGGUCUGCAAAGUACGUACAUUUCUAAGGGUUUGGAUCAAUGUUUCCCAUCAAGGUUUUCCAGGAAAAGUUGUUUAAAAAGUUGCAAUGUAUAUAAUAUCAGUGUUCAUAAGUAAACAGAUUAUACUCGAUGUGUGCAACGUUAAUGUACAGUACAGGUAUAAAGGUAUGCUCGAGAGAGCGUGAGGGUUCUAGAGAGCGAGAAUGAGAGCGAGAGCUUGAGGGAAAAACCAGUACACUUACACGUAUGCACUACCUACAGGAUAAAGUUAGCUCCUAUAGGACCGGAGGCUGAUGUAGCCACUUCACCAGGCGAGAACCGGAGGCGGUCAUAACCGCUGUGCGAUUUUUACGUUAAACUUUGCUACUUUUUUUUUUAUGAAUUAUUGUAGAUGAGUCUUUGGUAAUACUACCUGUGAACUAGUUAAGUUAAUCUGUCUCUGUCCCACUCUCACCAUGGUUAAACGCAGUGAUAAUCAUUUUUACGAAUCCGAUUCCCUGCCCGCUACCUCUGGCCCCGGACUUUAACGCCACGCCACGCACACACUCGACCUUUUGUCACACGUCUUAAGAGUGUCAUAGGGCGGGAACUCAAUAAAACUGGUUAGAGUGCAUGAAGAGGGCUCAGAGAACCCGUUUUUAUUAGGCGCUAGCCAUAUCCAGUCAGAUGAAACGGAUACAUGGACGCGUGGCACUGAAGUGACUCGCUCCCUCAAAAAUUCUCUUUAACUCGUUUUCUCCAUAACCACUGCACGUAGAGACAUCUGGAUAGCAUCGCAAGAAAGAGGAAGACUUAUUGAUGAGUACUAAGACUAUUUCAUUUGCUUAUCCAUUGCACGCUAAGUUUAAGAUGUGUAAAUAGAUUAUUUUCGGCGUUUAACACUGGAAGCCCCAUCCUAGCGGGGUUAAACAAUAUUCUCAAAGUUUCCUGGUCCAGCGUGAAACAGUCGUGAGAAAGCGAGUUUACAGAGGCUGUUUUCCUGUUAGAGAGAGUGCGUUUACGUGCGUGUUGAUAUAUGUGAGGGAGACUGCUAGUCCUCUGAGUUCUUCAGGGUUAGUGGGAAAGAAUCCGUUUCAGGUGUUGUUUGGGUUUCUCUGGUUCGGUUGUGGUCCUGUUGGAUUUUUUUUUUUUUUUUCAGCUCGUGUCAUCUCGGUGUUCUCUGAAGUUCCUGUCCUUUUGGGUUCGUCUCUCUCUCUCUCUCUCUCUCUCUCUCUCUCUCUCUCUCUCUCUCUCUCUCUCUCUCUCUCUCUCU